AUGCCCACCGAGCUGGCGAUCGCAGAUUGUGUGCAUACCUUGGCGCGCUAUGCCUCGAUCUCUCAGAGCGAAGGCUUGGUUCCCAUUGUGGAGCCGGAAAUCGUACCCAAUGGCGAUCAUGACAUCCACUACUGCGCCCGAAUGACCGAGAAGGUUUUGGCUGCACAGUUCAAGGCCCUGGCAGACCACCACAUCUAUUUGGAGGGUGCUGUCUUGAAGCCCAACAUGGUGAAGAAUGGCCUCGGUGGCCCAAAAGCCACGGCUGAGACCAUUGCCACUUUGUCAGUCCAAACUUUGCUGCGCACUGUGCCUGCCUCCAUGCCUGGAAUCUUCUUCUUGUCGGGCGAGUCAGCUCGGAAUGAAGACAACGAGGAAGAGGCAACCAUCAACUUGAGCACCAUGAACAAGUUGUUUCCCAGGUUGCCAUGGCACCUCUCCUUCUCCUAUGGCAAAGCUUUGCAGAGGACUUGUAUUGUCACGUGGCUAGGCAAGGCCGAGAACAAGGAUGCUGCUCAAAAGGCUUUGAAGGCACGAGCCAAUGCGAACUCUGAUGCUUGCUUUGGCAAAUACACGCCAGGCAGUUGUAAAAGCCUUGGACCUGAGGAAGGAGCAAGCAACAAAUUGGCUUCUGAACCUUACUGA